AACGCAAACCCACAACAACCAAAUUGAGGAACUCAUGUGAUAAACUGGUCAUGUGAUCGACGUGGAACAGGAAUUGAAGAGGCGGAAUCGGGCUGGAGCUCAUGUUGGAUGAGGUACCACUGGGCUAAAACUCUCCACUCCAAUUGGUGCACCACCCCACUCCUGCAAUUCUGAAGGUUCGCUUGGGACGCUCGUGACGCUUGCUGACAUGGUGGACUUUCUAGCAGAGAACAAUUUGUGUGGCCAGGCUAUUCUUAGGAUUGUAUCUCGGGGAAAUGCCAUCAUUGCAGAACUUCUGCGUCUCUCCGAGUUUAUCCCCGCCGUCUUCAGGCUCAAAGACAAGAGUGAUCAACAGAAAUAUGGAGACAUCAUCUGCGACUUCAGUUACUUUAAGGGUCAAGAAUACUAUGAGGGCAAGUUAGAAGCCAAACCAGAGCUUCAGGAUCUGGACGAGGAAUUCCGUGAAAAUAACAUUGAAAUACUGUCACGAUUCUACCUGGCAUUUGAAAGUGUCCAUAAGUACAUUGUGGAUCUAAUAAGGUAUCUAGAUGACCUUAAUGAGGGGGUAUACAUUCAGCAGACAUUGGAAACUGUACUACUAAAUGAAGAUGGGAAACAGCUCUUGUGUGAAGCUCUGUAUCUCUACGGAGUCAUGCUGUUGGUCAUUGACCAAAAGAUCGAAGGGGAAGUCAGAGAACGAAUGUUGGUGUCGUAUUAUAGAUACAGUGCUGCCCGCUCUUCGGCUGACUCCAACCUGGAUGACAUCUGCAAGCUCCUGCGUAGCACGGGCUACUCGAGCCAACCAGGGGCCAAGCGUCCCCCUAACUAUCCUGAGAGUUACUUUCAGAGAGUGCCUAUCAGUCCCACAUUCAUCAGUAUGGUCAUUGGACGCCUCCGCUCUGAUGACAUCUAUAACCAGGUGUCUGCAUAUCCGCUGCCUGAGCACCGCAGCACCGCACUGGCCAACCAGGCUGCCAUGCUGUAUGUGUGCCUGUUCUUCACCCCCUCCAUCCUGCACACUCAACAGGCAAAAAUGAGGGAGAUUGUGGACAAGUACUUUCCAGAUAACUGGGUCAUCAGCAUCUACAUGGGGAUCACUGUGAACCUGAUGGAGGCCUGGGAGCCUUACAAAGCAGCCAAGAUCGCACUCAACUACACGCUGGACACGGCCAACAUCAGAGAGCAGGCCUGUCGUUACGCGAGCAGCCUGGACACCCUCAGGCCGCAGGUGCAGCAGCUCCUGAAGGAGGGGUUUCUGCGGGAGGAGAUUGUCCUGGACAACAUUCCCAAGCUGCUGAACUGCCUGCGGGACUGCAACGUGGCCAUCCGCUGGCUGAUGCUCCACACGGCCGAGUCUGCCUAUGACCCGAACAACAAGAGGCUGCGUCAGAUCAAGGACCAGGUGAUCAACGACUCCAAGUACAACCCCAAGAUCCUAUUCCAGCUGCUGCUGGAUACGGCUCAGUUUGAGUUCAUUCUCAAAGAGAUGUUCAAACAGAUGUUGUCUGAAAAGCAGCUCAAAUGGGAGAGCUACAAGAGGGAGGGCUCCGAGAGGAUGAUGGAGCUGGCUGAGGUCUUCUCCGGGGUCAAACCCCUUACCAGGGUUGAGAAAAAUGAGAACCUGCAGGCCUGGUUCAGGGAGAUCUCCAAGCAGAUCCAGUCCCUCAACUACGAGGACUCCACAGCAGCAGGGAGGAAGACUGUGCAGCUGAUUCAGGCCCUGGUGGAGGUGCAAGAGUUCCACCAACUGGAGUCCAACUUGCAGGUGUGCCAGUUCCUGGCCGACACCCGGAAGUUUCUACACCAGAUGAUCCGCACCAUCAACAUCAAGGAGGAGGUGCUGAUCACCAUGCAGAUCGUAGGGGACCUCUCCUAUGCCUGGCAGCUAAUUGACAGCUUUACAUCUAUCAUGCAGGAGAGUAUCAGGGUUAGCCCAUCAAUGGUGACAAAACUGCGAGCAACUUUCCUGAAGCUGGCCUCUGCUCUGGACCUACCCCUGCUGCGUAUCAACCAGGCUAACAGCCCAGACCUGCUCAGUGUCUCCCAGUUCUACUCUGGUGAACUGGUGGCGUACGUCAGGAAGGUCCUGCAGAUCAUUCCGGAGAGCAUGUUCACUUCCCUGGCCAAAAUCAUCAAGCUGCAGAUCCACGACAUCAUGGAGGUGCCCACCCGGCUGGACAAGGACAAGCUGAAGGACUACUCCCAGCUGGGAGCAAGAUAUGAGGUUGCCAAACUCACCCAUGCCAUUUCAAUUUUCACCGAGGGAAUCCUGAUGAUGAAGACCACUCUUGUUGGGAUCAUCAAGGUGGAUCCCAAGCAGCUCCUGGAGGAUGGCAUACGGAAGGAGCUGGUGAGGAGGGUGGCCUAUGCCCUCCACAAAGGCCUGAUCUUCAACCCCAAAGCCAAGACCAGCGAGCUGAUGCCCAAAUUGAAAGAAAUGGCAGCCACCAUGGACGGCUUCUACCGCUCCUUUGAGUACAUCCAGGACUACGUCAGCAUCUACGGGCUGAAGAUCUGGCAGGAGGAAGUGUCCCGCAUCAUCAACUACAACGUAGAGCAGGAGUGCAACAGCUUCCUCAGGACAAAGAUCCAAGAUUGGCAGAGUGUGUACCAGUCUACCCACAUCCCUAUUCCCAAGUACCCAUCCGUGGAUGAGUCCGCCACCUUCAUCGGGCGUCUCUGCAGAGAGAUCCUAAGGAUCACGGACCCCAAAAUCACGUGUUACAUUGAUCAGAUGAACACCUGGUACGACAUGAAGACACACCAGGAGGUGACCAACAACAGGCUGUUCUCUGAGAUUCAGGAUACGCUGGGGACCUUUGGACUGAAUGGUCUCGACCGACUGCUCUGUUUCAUGAUAGUUAAGGAGCUGCAGAACUUCCUGACUGUGCUGCAGAAAACCAUUCUCAGAGACAAGGCUGUGGUCGAUGUUUUCAAAGCCCUGUUGAAUACUGUGAAUCCAGUUAAAGGAAUUGUGGCAAAUGCCAGUAAGGUCUAUGCCAGUGCAGUUGCCAAAACGCAAAAAAUCUGGCCGAAUUAUUUGGAUGCAAUUCUGAAGGUUGGACAGAUGCAGAUUCUGAGGCAACAGAUUGCCAACGAGUUGAAUUACUCAUGCAAGUUUGAUUCGAAACACCUCGCCGCUGCACUGGACAACUUGAACAAGUCUUUGCUAGCUGACAUUGAAGCACACUACCAGGACCCAACGUUGCCCUAUCCCAAAGAGGACAACACCCUCCUGUAUGAGAUCACCGCCUACUUGGAGGCUGCCGGAAUCCAAAACCCUCUCAAUAAAAUCUACAUCACAACCAAACGGCUACCUUACUUCCCCAUCGUGAAUUUCCUCUUCCUCAUUGCUCAGCUGCCUAAACUGCAGUACAGCAAAAACCAAGGAAUGACCUGCAGGAAGGCCACUGACCCGGUGGACUGGCCCCCCCUUGUGCUGGGCUUGCUAACCUUGCUCAAGCAGUUCCACUCCAGAUACACAGAGCAAUUCCUGGCUCUGAUUGGUCAGUUCAUCCGCUCCAUCAUGGAGCAGUGCACCAGUCAGCGUAUUCCUGAGAUGCCCUCUGAUGUGGUGGGAGCAUUGAUGUUCCUGGAAGAUUAUGUGCACUACACAAAACUUCCCCGCAAGGUUGCUGAAGCCCAUGUGCCAAGUUUCAUCUUUGACGAGUUUAGGACGGUCCUGUGAUGUUUGGAGGAUGAAUGAAAGUUGACAACAGUUCCUAUUUUUACUGAAAUGAAGACAAUUUCACCAACCAUAAUUUAGCUUUCAUUGUCUCAAUGCACUAAUUCAAUUAAUAAAAAUGUUGAAUUUUUAGAAUAUAUUGGUAUAGGCUCAUGUGUAGUAAUAUGUCACUUUGUAUGUAUCCAUUAAUCAAUUAAAUGUUUUUGAAUAAA